UUUUCUUUGACCUUUUCUUGCUUCGUCUUUCAGAAAGCCCUCGACUGACCUGAGUCUGAGUCCAGCUGAGCGGUGAACCCUCCUCUCCAUGAUAACGAUGCAGGGAACAUUAUUCGUAGCUCUUCUGGUACUUGCGACCUCAGUCCACUCCGACUCCCAGUUUUCCCUGCCUGUCGACUGUGAUGACAUCCAUCGCCAUGACAACACCAGCUCCAGUGGGGUGUACACUAUCUACCCGGGGGGUCCCACCACACCCCUGCAUGUCUACUGUGACAUGGACACUGACGGAGGGAGAUGGACAGUCUUUCAGAGGAGAAUGGAUGGGAGUCAGAGCUUCUUCAGACCGUGGGCUCACUACAAGACUGGAUUUGGGAAUGUGGCUGGAGAAUAUUGGCUAGGCCUGGAAAACAUCUUCCUGCUGACAGUGAGGAAGAAGAAUGAGCUACGUAUAGACAUGGAGGACUUGGAGGGAGGGAAGGCCUCCGCCCUGUACUCCUCCUUCUCGAUUGAUUCAGAGAUUGACGACUAUCAGCUUCACCUGGGCAGCUUUGAUGGAGGAGCCGCAGGGGACAGUUUUACAAAUCACAACAACAUGAAGUUCACCACUUAUGACAAAGACAAUGAUUUGUGGGGUAACAACUGCGCUCAACACUAUCUGGGUGGAUUCUGGUACAAUAAAUGCCACAUGACAAACCCCAAUGGCAUGUACGCGCCUCGCAAUACCAUCGGAUUUGAAAAUUCCCACAUCAUUUGGCAUGCGUGGAAGGGCUGGAACUACUCCCUCAAGACUAUUGCCAUGAAGAUCAGAUCAGUCACUACGUGUACGUGCAAGCAUUGACCUCAUUAGCAGUGAUUAGGUAGAUUAUGGGAAUACUGUGAUGUUCCUACUGUUGAUUUGAAUGUUUUUAAUGUUUCAGAGACUUAAUGAAUCAGAAUAUAUAUUGUUACCUGAUGUGAAAUUCUACUGUUAACUCCUUCUCUCUUUUUUAUCUGCCUUUUGUGAAGGAUGUUGUUGUUUUUUAUGAAUAUUGUAACAUUAUUACUGUAUUACUGUAUGUUUUGUUACUAGAAGUUUCUCUGAAGAAUCACAGAUGACGGAGUGAUGAAUGUUUCUCUUUAUAAAUGCCAGCACGGAGAACACACGCUAGGUCGUUCUGCCUAGCAACAAACAGUUUCAGCUUUUAUACUGUAAGACCUAGUGGAAAUUUGAAUAAGAGAGGGCAAUAAUGUAAUGAAGUAACAUAGUAACAAAGUCAUAAAGUAAUUAAGUACAGAAACCAACUAAGGAAUACUGAUAACCUUUGCUGACCCCAUACUGUCUGAUUUAACAAAACCUGAGGCUGAGGCAUUUACAGUCGUUCAGGCACACACAUGACCCAAAACAAUUCCUUUACAGUAUGUUUGGGGACAAAUCCAGGAAUAUAACCAUUAUGAUUUUUGUUGAUCCAACAGUCUGUUUGUGUAGGUAGAGGAGCACACACAGACCCAAUGACCUCUGACCUAAUGUAUCAGUGUGUUUCAUUUUAUUUUCUAUUGUAUUUUUUACUGAGAAUCUGCAAAAUAAAACCACAGACUGAGUUGGCUUUUAACAUAAACAACUCUUAAAACACCCAGUUAUUUGAAGAAGAGGGUAAAACAUUAUCAGUCAUUGCAUAGAAACACAUAGUAGCUGAAAUUAUGUGGUAAUAACAAUGAUUUUUUGGAGGGUUUUUUUGUCUUUUGGUUUUGUUUAUGUGUGGGAAGGUGUUUUAUAUUUGAUGUUUGAUAUAAAGCUGUGUCUUGAAAUCCCAAACUAUUAGUAAUAUUGACGUGUACUCAGAGGAGUCGCAGCUAAAACAACAAAGUAAAAGUAUCCAGACAAACAAGCCUACAUGUUUCCACCUUUAAGAGUUCAGAUAAGAACCUGCUCUAUGUGUGAAGUGCCUUGAGAUAACUCUGUUGUGAUUUGGCGCUAUACAAAUAAAGAUUGAUUGAUUGACUGAU